AUGGAAGAUUCAAAGUCUGGGAGCUCAUACAAAUUGAUCGAUCGUCUUGACAAUGAAGACGAAGCCACUUCCCUGCUGGAGCCUAGAAUAUAUCCGAUUGAUUCAGAACAAAUACAGGAUUGCCCUCCGUACAAAGGAUUUUCGUGUCGUUGUGAUAGUGAUAAUUCUUGUUAUGUUCUCAGUAAAUUUGGCUAUUUUAGUACGGAUUUCGAUUCAAGAAAGCAAGAAUUAUCAGUGACCUGUAUUAUUACAGAAACGGAAAAUAUUGAUUUUCUACUCGAGCAUAACUUUCAGUCAACUCUUCUAAAAACACAUUACAUCAAUGUGUGGAAAUGUAAAGAUUUUACGCCCGAAAAGUAUAUGAAUAACCAAGUACGAGAAAUUCUGAUGUAUACGAAUGAGCAGCAUAAAUUAACGGUAUUAUAUAAUAGAGACAUUGUUACAAAACCAGCUUUUGGCUUUUAUGAAGCAAAUAAUAUUGAAUUAAUUAUAGCAUCAUCAGCAGGCAUCAUAACCGUCCCCAAGGAUGCAUUUCCUGCAAAUACUGAAUUGCAAACGUUUAGAGUAAAAAAUUUAUACCAGAACAUGACGCUGCAAAACUUGACGCAAGAGCAUUUUCAAAACCUUGUUACGCUCAGGCGACUUGACUUAGCCGGUAAUAAUAUGAAAAUUUUGGACGAAAAUGUCUUUGCAACACUUACGCGUUUGAAUUUUCUGAACUUGAGCCACAAUGGAAUUGCGGAGUUAUUACCAAAUCAAUUUGCUAAACUGGACAAACUGAUAAUACUGGAUCUCAGCUACAACUCGUUAACAUAUUUAAGUCCUAAAUUUUUCGAGCAAACACCUUUGUUAUGGCAAUUAAAACUAAAAGGCAAUGAAUUGCACGAUACAACAAAUAUUAUAAAAGUUCUCAAACCGUUGAAUUUUCUACAUAGGCUAGACUUAAGCAAUAAUAAAUUGCGAUCGAUUUGGGGCAAGGCGAGUUACGCCAAUGCCCCAGCUGCAUUGUCUACAAAUUUACAUAACAGCAAUUUGCCGUUGACCUUCGAUUUAGCAGAAGCUCUGAAUUAUAUCAGCACAUUGCAACCUAACGAGUACGACCAAAGCAAGCGUACGUUGAAAUCCAUAAAUUUAAGUCGCAAUCUUCUGAGCGGGUUUAAUAUGGAUUGGAUUUUUGAAAUCAGUAUUACAUGCCCUUUCAAAAUUAACUUGGAACAAAAUUUGAUUAAACACGUGUAUGCUUUAUCAAAUUUACUCAAUACAACUAACGACUGUGAAGGCGAAAUCAAAUUGACUGGUAACCAUAUUGAAUGCGAUUGUAAACUAGCAUGGAUUUACAAUAAUAACUAUAGCAGUCGUAUUAUCCUCUUGGGUUAUAGCAGGUAUUUCAGCGAUCUGCAGUGUAAUCAGACGUCAACCAAUCUAGUAACGAAUUUCACACAGCUUCGACGACACGAGUUGUGCGCAUGGCAACCGGUGCAAUGCCCCAGAAACUGUGUGUGUUUCACAAAGUCUAAAUUGUUGCACAUCAAUUGCAUUGGCGCACAACUCAGCGCUAUGGAAGAGCUGCCACGUCCCGAGCAGGUAUUGCUUACGAGUUCGUUACUCGAUAUAAGCAAUAAUCGUUUCACUGUUCUGCCGCUAAGCACCACCUUCGGCUACGCCAACGUUUCAAAGCUCUACGCCGCGAAAAACCAAAUCACCAACAUAAGUCUCUUGGAACUACCAACCGAUUUGACGGUUUUGGAUCUACGAAAUAAUCGCUUAAAAUCGUUAUGUGCUGAUUUUUUGCGUGUAUUUCUCAAUGAGAGCACGAAACUACAGCUUCUGUAUCUCAGUGCAAACCCUUGGUUUUGCGACUGUUCUUCACAGCAGCUUCUCUACACCGUACGUGCACAUGGGCAACGCAUACCCGAUGUCGAGCAGUUACGCUGUAAUAACAAACCCAAUGUUACUCUCCUAACAGCAAGCCUGAGCGAAUUGUGCCAAACUGAGAACAGCGUUAAACGUUAUCAGUACAUGAUUGCAGCUAUCACAACUGCAGCGUUAAUCAUCAUUAUUUUCCUUCUUAUUAUUGUAUUAUUCUUUAAAUAUAAAUUGCAAGUUAAAUUCUGGUUAUUUGGUCACAAGAUAUUGCGUUGUUGCAUUCGGGAAUACGAGCUGGAUGAGAAUAAAACGUCCGAUGCGUUCAUCUCAUACGCGCAUCAAGAGGCUGACUUUGUCAACCAUUUAUUAGUGCCACAGCUUAAGGGGGGCGAACCACCAUUUUGUGUAUGUACGCACGAACGUAAUUGGCUAGCUGGCGCUUAUAUACCUGAACAAAUCAUCGAAUCGAUCGAACAGUCGCGACGCACGAUCAUUGUGCUCUCGCAGCACUUCAUCGAAUCUGAAUGGGCGCGCAUGGAGUUUCGCACAGCGCAUCAGUGCUCCUUGAACGAAGGUCGUGCGCGCAUAAUUAUGAUUAAAUACGGUGAAAUUAUCAACAGUGAAUUAUUGGAUAAGGAAUUGAAGGCAUAUUUGGAUAUGAACACAUACUUGGAUUGGCAAGAUGCCAGAUUUUGGGAUAAACUACGCGAUGCUAUGCCACAUAAAGUAGAUAGAAAACCGAACACCGAUAUGCUUGAAGUUAACGGCAGAUUUUACGUUAUGGGGCAAGUUGAAAUGAAUCAUUUGCGUGGUGAGAACGGUUAA